AUGAAAUCUAUUGUGCUAUGUGUUGCUUAUAGACCUCCUGACUGUCCAGUUUCCUGUUUCGUGGACGAUUUCAUGGACAACUAUUCAUAUGCACUUAUUUUGAAAAAAGAUAUAUUCGUAGUGGGUGAUCUAAAUUGUAACUUAUUAAAAAGUGGUCCAGAAUCUGAUGCGUUGAACGAAUUGUGCAGCAGCUUGAAUUUAUUCCAACUUAUCAAGGAACCAACUAGGGUGACUUUGCAGUCCUCAUCUCUCAUCGAUGUGAUUUUAACAUCUAACACAAGCUUGGUAGUGGAAAGUGGAGUUGAAGAAACGCACAUCAGUGACCACUUUCUGGUUUAUUCAAUAUUAAAGCUUAAAUUGCCUAAGAAAUUACCUGAUUGCAUGGUCAUAAGAAGUUUUAAGAAUUAUUCUUCUGAAGCGUUUAAAAAUGAUCUAGAACAGCUGAUUUGGCAAGAAAAUCCAAUUGACCAGGGCGUUAACCAGCGACUGGACAAUUUUAAUCAGAAAUUUCUAAGUGUAUUAGAUAUGCAUAAAGACUGUUAA